UCGCUGAAGCAGCCUCUCAAACAACAUUUUACCUGCUUCUACCUCUAUCUGGCCAGACUUGCAGUGCAUAUUUUUUUUUUUUUUUUGGCACUGAUUGCUCAACUUCCACAGGUCACAGCCCUUGCUGUUUGGCUUGGAGCUAUUCUCACAGCCCAAACAAAAAGUUUGACAUCACAUGGUAAUCAAGCACAUAUCCAGUGAACAGUUCAACAGUCCCAACACCAAUGUGUGGAGAAUGACCCUUCGUCAACUAAAUGCUUUCCGAGCUCACAGCAAUGUUCUUUUUGUGUCCAAAACAUGUGUCCUCGUACAGUUCAGUCACUUCUUUCGCGCACCGAGUCAUAACAGUUGCGGGUGGCCGCAGGCUCUAGAGUCUUCUUUAGGUGCCGCUGGAACGUUUCCUUGGGGAGCCCACGAUGCGAAAGUCCCAUCGACGCGAAGAUAUUGUUCAUGGCUAUUUGGCCAUUUUUACUGCAGAGCAUUGCACGUGUAACUAACAUGUUCAUCUCAAAUGGAUUGCAUGUCUUUUCACCAUGAACUCUGCGCGAGUCCCAUUGCACCGCAACUUCACCACACUUCUUGCACAACACGACCGGUUUCUUGGCGAGGCCAUAGUUGCAGUCACCCGUGGCUAGUUUCACACACCUGCCACAUACCUUGUACCACAGGGCAGUGAGCUGCACAUUCAGAAUGUUGAAGUCAACAAUCACGUAUAAAGCUGCAAUGUCCACGGCUCAGGCCCAUUACGCGUCGCUUGCAUUGGUGAAAACUGCAGUCCCGUUGCACUGUUGCCGGCGUCGACUCGAGUCUAUCAAAUGUGACUUGCUCGCGGGCACUCACUAGAGCUAUGUUGCUGCUCGUAACAGUUCUAACGUCAACUCUCACACGGCUAGAGUCGGCGCGGAGAAUGCCGUCGUUCUCCAUCGUACCGCUGUCACCUGCAUCGCCGCCAGUCUCUUGCUAAUCCGGUUGUAGAGCUGCGCAAUGCCGUACCCUUGUCAAGCGGGCUGCAAUCACCUCCAUCACCGUUGUCUGGUGCCUUAGCGACGAGAGUCGCUUGCUGAUCGGUUGUAGGGUCCCACAGUGUUGUGACCUUAGCAUGUUUCUUAUUUUUCGCUCGCUUUUGGCCUCACUGAUAGACAGUGUGGAACUUUUUUCGUCCUCCAGGCAUGUUUGUCGUCGCGUGGUCACAACCAAAGACGAAAUGGCGCCUGGACAUGCCAGAUAUUCACAUCCAGUUCCCUGAGCCAAUAAGACGACACCAUCUUAGCCACGUGAUCCUAACUGUGGCGAAUGAUGACUUUCUAUAUACUUUUUUUUCCGUUUUAUUUGUGAUGACAGCAAGGCGAGCACAGGGUUGCUUACCGAGCCAUAAAGAAAGCCAAACGCGCGAGCUUUUCAAUGAUACCAAUAUGACCAACGUUUAUAGAUAUACUUUCAGUUUAUAAACUCCGCAGCUGACGGAGCCGGGCGCGACUUGCUCCUAGGGAGUGUGAGGGCGCUGCGGUCGACGCUUGCGCUUUACCACCGGUGCGAGCGAGCGUCCUUGGAGCGUCUUUAGACAGUUUUAGCAGAGCGUUGCUCAUGCUUCGCUCCGCUAACAUUUCACGCACAUCUCUGGCUGCGUGAACUGCGUUAAUUUCGCUUUUUGUCUUUUUAUAGCCACGUUGAGUGCGCGACAAGGCCGCUGUGUCAGAAGCAGUUCGCAAUUACUGCGAGUGACUGUUGCUUCCCCCAUGCACCACCAUGUGCACUGCACUGAGCAGAGUUACGUCAUAUUUUUUUCCCUGCCUCCAUAUAAAGCAACAUGCACUCAAGCACUUGUCUUCUGUAUCGACUUUUCACGUACUGAAUAAGUCUCUGAUCCAGAGGCUGCAGGGAAGCCAUUGUGUUCGGAGACACACAAAAAAAGCGGCUGCAUGUUUGUCAGCACUCACACAUUAUUGUGCGCACUGCAGUUAUCUAAGACAGUUAGUGCUUUGCGACUUUUGCAGAAAAGUGGUAGUCCAGGUCACGCAGCCAGGCCUGAAAUGUCUCUGAAGUCAGCCACGCCUUUCGAUUGGAGUGAUAGUACACCGGAAGCUUCUUGAUGCCUUUGAAGCAUCUCGGCUUUUCGGGUUUGCCUAUUAUCAACAGCAGUAGCCGCUCCGUGUCAGUCAUGUUGGCAACCAGCAAAACAGUUAUCCUGUUUUUGCUUCGUUUACUGCCAACACAAGGGUCCCCCUUAAAUGUGAUAGUUUUAUCCGGCAGGGUUUUGUAGAAGAGGGGCUGUCUCAAUCUGCGUUUAAAAAAUGUCGCAGGCGCCACAAUCUGCUAGGCGCGCGGGUAAUUCAGCGCUCCAAUCUUGGACAACGCCUUCAUUCACAGCCCCCUUUCCGCCGCACACAUUUCGUAAGACCAGACCGUGUCUUUUCUUCAUUCGGUCAGGGGUGCAACAGCUGCGCCAUUUGCGCCAUUUUGAUACAAUUUCAUAUUUUUGCGCCGAACUGCGCCAAAACCCCGAUAUACGUUGAAAUUGCGCCACGCUGCGCCAAAAUGUAAGACCGGCCGCGAAAUUUCUCAGUUACGCUAAUUUUAGCGGGAAAUAAAGGCCACGUUUGCAACUUGCAGCUUGAAACGCCAUUACAGUACUACAGUGUCUAGAAUAGAAGUGUACAGACCAUGCCGCUGGCUCUGAGGCCGCUCCGCAAUGCGCCGAAACGAAAGGUCCAGGGGGUGCUGACACCUGCUUACACGUCCGCUCGCCACGAAAUCGUCUGCUCACCGCGCUGUAAAUUGGCCGAGCUUGGCGACGGGUCUUUAGUUCUGCUGCGUUCUUUCUGUGACUUGCGCAUGCAUACAUCCUUUUCAUUUGCCAACCGUAUGUGUCGUGCCAAUGCGAAGGAAGACUUUUGCAAAGCGAUAUUUUUUUUCGCCGUGAAUUUCGUUUUUGCAGAUUCCUCUCACAUCUUGCGCUUCUUUAUAUAUAUAUACCCCGCGGCUCCUUUGCCAUGCUGAUACAGCACAAUAGACCGAUCCCACCGGCCAGUUUCACGACGCCAUCGCUGCCGCAGUGCAUGCUGGUACUUGUAGUCAUCCGGCCGCUCCAGCCGCCCGCAGUGCCUGUACGUCGGACGAUUUUUGGCAAUUUUUGGUUAGUGUGGAGCUAUCGUGCCAUGGGAGGAUUCACCUGCUGCGUUCCUGGGUGCUACAACAACAGCACAAGGGACAACGGCUUCGGAUUCUACGUGUUUCCUAAAGAGCGAAAGCUACGAGAGACGUGGAUCCAACGGAUUAACAGGGCCGGACGGAACGGCAGGUUCUCGAAGUUUACUCCAACCACAGGACAUAGAGUUUGCAGUGCCCACUUCGAAGGAGGGAAAAAGACUUACAUGAACCGUGUGCCCACAAUAUUCCCUUUGAGACAGCAAAAGGUGGAGAAGAGGCGACCGUUGAGAAGAACAAAGCCUGAAGUUGUCAGAAGCUCAACUGUGCCACCUGGAUCUGAGCAAGAGGUCUCUGCCAUCGCUAGCAGUGACAGCGAUGAUCCUUUGCAGCAGGAAGUGCGUCUACACCUGGACCAUGCAUACAGCAGCCAACAGUUAAGUUAUGAUGAGCUUGUCGAGCAAGUUGCUAAACAAAAGCACGUCAUAACUGAACUCCUGGAGCAAGCUGAAGCAGCAAAUGCGACAGUGGCAGAGCUUAACAACCUGCUUAAACGAAGUCAGCAGGACCAUGCCGAAACAAAAAAGCUGUGUGACCGUCUUCAGCAGAAGAACAGGUGCUUAAGACUUGAGUUAUCAGCAAUGCAGGAAAAAGUUAGACGUUGCAAGACUGAAGCUGCACAGAACAUGGAUAUCACAUGUGAGGCCCUUGUAAAAGACGAGAAAAAGCUGCGGUAUUACACUGACUUCAUAUCCAGCAAUCGCUUGGACACUUUUUGGUCCCUUCUAGAGCCAGAUGCAAAAGGGCUGUGCUUCUGGCAGAUGAAAGAAACGGCCAGUGAAGACAGAAACUUCAUCCUGCCUUUGAAGACCCAGCUCGUGCUGGUCUUGAUGAGACUGAAGCUUGGUCUUGACGGCCUUGACCUUGCAUACAGGUUUGGUGUGUCUAAAACAACUGUUUCAAGGAUCUGGGUAACAUGGCUGGAUUUUUUGGACAACAGGCUUUGUCAGGUCCCAACUUGGAUGUCUCCGCAACUGUGCGACAAGUACCGGCCAAAAGCCUUCAUUGACAAGGGCUACACUACCGUUGAUGGCAUCCUCGACUGUACAGAAAUUUUCAUUGAAACCCCUUCGUCAUUCCGGGUGCAGAGUGAAACCUAUUCCUCUUACAAAAAACAUAAUACCGCGAAAGGAUUAGUUGUGUGCAGCCCAAAUGGCUUUGUCAUGUUUGUGUCCGAUCUUGCUCCUGGAAGACUGUCCGACAAGGCCCUGACAAAGGCUUGCGGUGUGCUGGAAAAGUUCUCACCAGGGCGAAGUGUAAUGGCUGAUAGGGGGUUCACUAUCGAAGAAGAGUGCAAGCAGCAUUCACUGCAUUUGAACAUUCCGCCGUUCCUGGAAGGACGGCCUCAACUGUCCGAAGCAGAUGAGACUGAGACGAGGCUCAUUGCAAGUGUGCGCAUACACGUGGAAAGGGUCAUCCGGAAGAUCAAGACCUACAGAAUACUCUCCCAGGUGUUCCCAAACAGCAUGUCUGGACAACUGAACAAAGUGUGGCACAUUUGUGCACUCUUGACUAACUUUGUGGGUGAACCAUUGUUGUGAUAAGGUGUAAAUGAAAUCUUGAUGUUCGCAAUGAUGGGCUGUGCCAGUGUGGUUCAAUGCAUCACUACCCCUCUUUAUGAAAUAAAACAAUGUUAGCAUUCCUCCAACAUUCAAGCAUGCUCAAGGCCAUCAGGCAUUACAUAUAAAGUGGCAAGCUUCCCUAGCACAAUAGCUCCCCUUUCUAU